AUGUCAGACCUCAAUAAAGACAACGACGUGGAAGUGGGAAAGUUGGGGCCAAACUCGAGCGUCUCAGCGAGCGCGUUCACUGCCCACCGUCCGACGUUCCAUCUGCUACCCCCUCGCAAUUGGUUGAACGAUCCCUGUGCCCCGACCAGGACCAAGAAGGGCUACCAGGUAUUCUUCCAAUACACAGCAGAGAUCAAUGAAUGGCACAAGAUCCAGUGGGGUUGUGCGGAGAGCGACGAUCUAGUGGAUUGGCGAGUUCAAGAGGAUGCGGUCAUAGUCCCCAAUAUAGAUGGAUCUGCUCCGACACCUUACGAUGCCGAAGGAGUAUUCACGGGUUGCAUGAUAAACGCCCCUGCAGGGACAAGGAAGAGGUUAAGCGCCUACACUUCCGUAAACUCCCGUCCAAUCGACCCAUACCCUCCCAAUUGUGAAACUCUGUCUUUGGCGUUCCCAUCUGGAAGCACCUUUGAUGGUGGUCGGGUAUCGUGCCGGAAAUUUUCUGGCAACCCGAUCCUGCCUGGUGCCCCUGCGGGGGACGUUCUUGCCUGGAGAGAUCCCUACGUACGAGAAUGGGCAACGCUAGACCGACUACGAGGAAAGAAACCAGGAGAUACCUUGUAUGGCAUCAUCGCCGGAGGCUACAAAGACGUCGGUUCGGCUCUGUUCCUCUACGAGAUUAAGAAGGAGAGCAUCGAAGAAUGGUCCUAUCUGGGGGACUUUGGCAGUCGGUCGAAAUGCUGGGGCGGGAACGACAACCGGUGGGCAGCCGAUAUGAGGGACAUCUUUGAAGUGGCCAACUUUGUCACCCUCAAGACCACAAUGACGGGAUCGGACGGGAGGCAGAUCGAGAUCGUAAGGGAUUACUUUCUUAUGAGCGCUGCUGCAGUAGAAGCGGACGAUCCUUCCGCAAUGGUACCGCCUCGUCGACCCGCUCGGCAGGAGAUCUUCGUCUCGGGCGAUUUCAAGCUCGACGAGAACGAGGCCGUUGGGUUCCACUCCCGUAUCUCGGGGUACAUCGACCGAGGUAACUACUACGCCAUGAACACUUUUUACGAUCCAGCUCGAGGCGCCAUCGUUGCCCACUCGUGGAUCACCGAGGAUGAUGUAUCUCACGAAAAGCGCCGGGAACAAGGUUGGAGCGGUUGUCUGGCCAUCCCACGGAUUAUUGAGCUUGAAGCGUUUCAGGGCGUCAAGGGUUGUAUCGGCGACAAGCUCGAAGAUAUUGCCAGCGUGGAGCUCCUUCCCGGUUCUUCUUCAGAGACCCGGACAGUACUCGGUCUACGCAUGGUCCCAUGCGAUGACGUGCUACAGAAGCUCAAAGGUAGAGCCGAUGAAACCCAGGCAUGGAACUCCUCGUCUUUCCCUUCCAUCGAAGGAGGAGAGUGGACGAAACUAGCGAACGUGCCGUCACACAGUGCGAUAAUUCAGGCUACUCUGAACAUCGACGCAGAAAAGGCCGAAAAGGUCGUCAUAUCGUUGCGACAUAACGACGAACAGAGCGUCGGAACUUCGAUUAUUUUUGAUCCGAUCACUGCGACCUUGACACUGGACCGGUCGAAGUCGGUCUUGCCAGACGAGGCUCGGCAUUACGACACGAGACCAGAAGUUGUGCCUCAUACAUUAUUCCGAUUGGAGCCCGUUGAUGAUGACGAACGACUGGAACAGCUGGAUCUGCUCAUCAUUCUUGAUCGUGGCGUCAUCGAGGUGUUCGCGAAUGGGCGAACUUGUGUCACCACGCGGAUCUACACCGGACAUCAACCAGGCUGUGAUGGAAUCUCAUUUCAUUCGGGAGGUCACAGCGUUGAUGGAAUAUCUUUGUGGCAAGGUAUCAAGGCCGAGAUCAAGUACAUAUGA